AUUCUCAUACCAUGAAAUAAAGUUAACCAACACAGAUCAACUUACUCACUCAACCACCUUUAAUUAAUUCUUGGCAAAAUUAAAAUCAAAACUAAUUUUAUUCAUUAAAACAACUCCCAAAUUCAGCAGCUGUACUAAUAAUUAGUAGUAGGAGAACUGUAAUCCCAACUGAUAAAACCUUACCUUUUCAAAUUCUUACCAUUUUUCCAUUAUUAAACUCAUCUACAAACUGCAAUUCACCGAAUCCCACGACUCUUUUCCACCCAAUCUCAAAAACCCACCAAAUUUCUUUCCAAAUUAUGAACACCCACUUCCAAAAACAACACAAUUGAAGAAAAACCCAGAAAAAAUGAGCAAUUGUGAGAAGCAAAUGUAUAAAAAAGCAGGAUUAAUACUUGCAUUCUUAAUAAUUCUCACAUUCUCAUACUUUUUCUUGAUCGGAAUUUUCGAUCUAAGAGGUUCUUAUCUUACCCCAUUUCUCCAAUCUUUGCCGCCGACGGCGACACCCAACUCGGCCCCACCUUGCCGGAGUUUGUCCCCGUUGAGAGUUUACAUGUAUGAUCUUCCCCGGCGAUUCAACGUGGGGAUGCUCCAGCGGAAGAGCUCUGAUGAAACGCCGGUGACGGUUGAGACGCUGCCGCCAUGGCCAGCGGUUUCUGGGUUGAGAAGGCAGCAUAGUGUUGAGUAUUGGAUGAUGGCUUCUUUGCUUGUUAAAGGGGAGGAGAGAGAAAAUGGUGAUGGGGUUUGGGUUGAGGAAGGGAUGAUGGAAGCUGUGAGAGUAUUGGAUCCAGAAAUGGCGGAUGUGUUCUUUGUGCCGUUUUUCUCUUCUUUGAGUUUCAAUGUUUAUGGGCAUAAUAUGACUGAUCCACGUAAUGAACGUGAUAAGCAACUUCAGGUUGACAUGUUGAAGUUUUUGAGGGAGUCUGAGUACUGGCAAAGAUCAGAAGGCCGAGAUCAUGUCAUCCCUAUCCAUCACCCAAAUGCUUUUAGGUUUCUUCGGGAGCAGGUAAACGCAUCAAUUCUCAUUGUGGCGGAUUUUGGUCGUUAUUCGAAGAGCAUGUCAAGUUUAAAGAAAGAUGUUGUGGCCCCAUAUGUCCAUGUUGUGGAUUCAUAUACCGAUGAUGAAACACCCAGCCCCUUCAAAUCUCGCACCACCCUGUUGUAUUUCCGUGGCAGGACUGUAAGGAAAGAUGAAGGUGUUGUUCGUGCUAAAUUGCAAAAGCUUCUGGAAGGUUAUGAUGACGUUCACUUUGAAAGGAGCUUUGCCUCACAGGAAAGCAUAAAACUGUCCACACAGGGAAUGCGAAAAUCAAAGUUCUGUCUACACCCGGCAGGAGAUACCCCAUCCUCAUGCCGGUUAUUCGAUGCUAUAGUCAGCCAUUGCGUACCCGUCAUCGUUAGCGACCAAAUUGAGCUCCCCUUUGAAGACGAACUCGAUUACUCCGAAUUCUCUCUCUUCUUCUCAACUGACGAGGCACUAGAACCCGGUUAUAUGAUCGAAAAGCUUCGACAAUUCCCAGAAGAAAGGUGGCUUAACAUGUGGAACAAGCUGAAGAGUAUUUCUCACCAUUACGAGUUUCAAUACCCACCAAAGAAUGGUGAUGCAGUCAAUAUGUUGUGGAGACAGAUUAGGCAUAAGCUCCCUUCGGCUAAACUUACUGCUCAUAGAACUCGAAGGUUAAAAAUUCCUGAUUGGUGGGGAAGGAAAAGGUAGUGCCAGUAAAAACCAGGGUUUGUACUUGGUACUUUGUACCUAACUGUACUUAUUUUUGUGUGUACAGUAUCACAUUUUACAGUCUGAAAAUUCCCUAAGAAGGGGAAAAUCAUAGGUUAUUCACUUAUUCUUAUUACAGUUACAUGUUUUUGAUCCAUCUGUUUGUAAUCUCUGUAUUAUCUUUGUAGCAUUAUUUUUGUGCUGCAUUAUGAUGGCACAAUCCCUAUAUUAAAAACACCUGAGGUAUAUUACAGGCUGUGAUGUCUGACUUUUUGA